AUGGGGGAAGUAAUAUUAAGAGGCAUAUCUGCUGAAGCGUAUAGCGAAAAAGCUACAAUUUUCAUUAUGCAUGAUCUGGCGCAUGACUUGGCAAUUUCACUCCUGGGCAACAAACUUCUGGAUAAGAGCAAACAAGAAAAUACUAUGCGGAAAAGCGAGGAUUACCACCAAUAUGCAGUGCUCGGAGAUUGCAGCAUGCCACUGUGGUUGACAAGUGCAGCUCAGCUAAUAGCACUGCGUUUUUUUGACUGUCACAGCACCAAACUACGCGGUGCUGCAUUUGCACCUGCAACGACCCUGAGAGUAUUGGAUUUAAGCGAGUGCUGCAUACACAAGUUGCCAGAUUCCAUUGGUCAACUGAAGCAGUUGAGAUAUCUUAGUGCUCCGGGGGUGCGAGAUCUGAUGUUCCCGGAAUGUAUCAUAAAGCUCUCGCAUCUAAUUUUCCUCAAUCUUCACGAAUCUGAUAUAGAAAAAAUACCAAAGUCAAUUGGAGAAAUGAAAGAUCUGAUGCAUCUCGAUUUGUCAGGCUGGAAUAGAAUCUGGCGAUUACCAGACUCAUUCAUGAGUCUAGAAAAACUGGUGCAUUUGGAUUUCUCCGGUUCCUAUCUGAUGUUAGGAGAAUCAGAACCAUUGGGGGCCCUGAGCCACGUUCACUAA